CGUUAAAAAACCACACCAUCAUCAUCUGGAGCAGCAGAUUAAAGUGAAACAAAACAAAGCUGAACAUGUCCUUAAAAGGCAUCCCACCUCACUGCACAAGGAGCUGAAAUCUGAAGACUGCCAGCAGACCUCAGCUCCCCCAAACCACUUACUCCUAUCAUGAAAAACAGAAAUCCACAGAGUAGUUUUCUCUUUUCUGGACUCUACGAGGUAGAUUCUGAUUUUUUUCAUUGUUCAUCGCUGUUUGCAUUUGAAAAAGACUGUCCUCCUUUGGGUUUUCUUCGUCAGGUUUGAUUAAAAAAAAAUAUCUUCAAUGAUGAUAGCUGUCUGCAGGUCAAAGUGGCUUUACCACAAAAUGAGCAGCACCAUGAAAAACAGACCAACAGUUUGUCUCACAACUCGCCACACUUCAUCUGAUAUCACAACAAACGUCAAUGGGGAUGCUGAUCCAGUCAUCUGUGCCAUCAGGAGAGGGGAUGUGAAGGCACUUCAGGAUCUGGCAAUGUUCUCACCUCUCAGUUUGCUGAAGGAGAACAAAGAUGGAUGGAUACCUUUGCAUGAUGCUGCCCUCUGUGGACAGACAGAGUGCUUGAAGACCCUUCUGAAAGCCCAUCCAGGUUCGGUGGACAAACGCACACUGCAGGAACAGACGUCUUUGCUGCUUGCUGUGUCCUGUGAACACCUGCCUUGUGUGCGCUGCCUUCUGGAGUUGGGGGCCGACCCUGACAUCUCCAACAACAACAAAGAGACGGCUUUAUACAAAGCAUGUGAACUGGAGAAUUUGGAAAUGGUCAGCCUCCUUCUAUCAUACGGUGCGUCUGUGAACCAGCGAUGUGCUCAUGGCUGGACAGCUCUCCAUGAAGCUGUGACGCGAGAUAACACAGAGAUUUGUGACAUACUAAUAGGGGCAGGGGCCAUGAUCAAUCCUGCUCACACUUACAGCAUUCCACCUCUGAAUGUAGCGGCUCAGAAAGGACACAUGGGGGCACUGUGUUACCUCAUUGACAAAGGUGCCAAUGUGAACAUGCAGACAUGUGACGGCAUCACAGCUCUGCACGAAGCAGCUGAAAAUGGCCAUAAGGAAGUUGUGAAUGCGUUAUUGUCUAAACAUGCAGAUGCCAACAAACCUGCCAAUUCUGGACUGCUACCACUUCAUUUUGCUGCAAAAUAUGGACACCAUGAGAUUGUGUCUCAGCUCGUCUCAGUUACAAGUCGUGCCAAGCUGCGGCACAGCUGGAUCAGCCCACUCCACCUGGCAGCAGAACACAACAGACACGCCGCGGCAGCUGUGCUGCUGAAGGCAGGUGCAGAUGUUAAUGACACUUUGGCGCACAGUCACUCCAUCCAGUACCCCGAUCAACGGGCCACGGCGCUCUACUUUGCCAUCGCCAACGGGAGCACCAAAACAGCUGAGAUGUUAUUGAACGCUGGUGCCAGUCUUAGCCUGGAUCCCAUCAGCCCACUUCUCAUGGCUGCACGUCAGGGCUGUGUGAGGAGUGUGUCCUUACUGCUGGAGCGAGGAGCUGACAUGAACACCAAAAUACCAUCUUUUCCCACCGCAUUUCCAGCUGUUGUUGCUCUUUGCAUGGAUAACCUGCCUCUUCUGAAGUGCCUGUUGAACCACGGCUGUGAUGCACAUUCUUGUUUUACCUGCACAUAUGGCCAGGCUCGUCAUCCACUCCCAGACAUAAACAAUGGUUUCAGCAGUUGCAGUAUUUUGCUAAAUGAAAGCAUGGCUCUUUUGAACAGCAAUGAAUCGUCAGAAAGAACAACCCAGUUCUGUGAGUGGAUCUCAACCCCACUGAUGUGUGAAUGGGCAGGACCCAUGAUAGACCUGCUGCUGGAACACGUGGGGCAAGUUCAGCUUUGCAACAAGCUCACUGAGCUGUUGGACAGCAGGGAGGAAUGGCAUGAUGUCAAAAGGAAGUUAUUGUCACCGCGUCCACUGCUGCACCUCUGCAGGUUAAAGAUUCGGAGGCAGAUGGGCAGAAACAGACUGAGAUCCAUCACAAGCUUACCUCUGCCAGACAGACUGAUCAGAUACUUGAGCCUCAACGACUGACUCAAAGAUAACCAUCACACAACAAUGUCCCCAGAGACAAAAUAAUAUUUUUCUUUAAUGAUUUGACAUCUUUAUUCUGUAAAGUUGAAUUUUUAUUUAUAAAUAUCUAUUUAUGGAUGUGAUGUGACAAUAUGUCUCUUUAAUAUUUCAUCUAAUCUUUUAAAAAUAAAUUUUCAGGGAAACGUUAUUCAAAAAAGUUAUUGUCCAAAAGAUCUGUUCAGAGAAGAUGAAUCAUUUAUUUGAAGAUAAAAUACUUUGUCAAAUCUGUCAAACAAGACUGUGAUUUCUAAAAAAAAAAAGUGUUUUCACAGAUAAGAAAAAUGAAGCUAUGAUGUUUGGGUUCAUCAAUGCAACCUUCUGCUAAAACUGUCAUUCCCUAAAUAGAGCAGGGAAAAAAGGAAAGGUCUUAAUUUAUAGAAAUAUUUCUGGUAGGUGUCAUCAUGCUGAAUGGGUUUAAUGGAAAAGUGCAUUUUAGUCCAUUAAAAUUACAAAAAUAGAUGCAGCAUUAAUAAGUGCUUGAUCAUUUUAAUGUAAAAAUAACAAUAAAAACAAAAUGCUGGGUAAACA